AUGAAGGACAAUAGCAAUGGCAGGAACGGGGACUCUCUGUUAGACGUCCCAGGUACAUCUAUUCUCCCUGAGCCCAGGGGCGAUGACGAGUCGCUGCCGCUCAACUGGAGUCGGACUCAGAAAUGGCUCACCGUCAUCACACUCUCAGCCUUGGCAUUUAUUGUUAACCUCUCGACCGUGAUUUGCGCUCCCGCCAGUAUUCAGAUCUCCCAGCAGUUUGACUCCCAUAGCAACUUCUUGGGCGUUUUCUACAUCACUGUGUGGAACCUAGGCGAAGCCAUUGCGCCUCUAUAUAUUGGGCCACUUUCGGAACGAGUGGGACGGCUGCGCGUCUACCACUUCUACAAUGUUUUCUUUAUCAUCUUUACCGCCAUCACCGGCUUCAGCAACAGCAUUGGCAUGAUCAUAGCCUUUCGCUUCCUCACCGGCGCCGCCACGACGGCCUUCUUGAACAACAGCGUCGUGGGCGACAUAUUCGCCUUCGAGGCCCGUGGUUCUGCCAUGUCAGUCAUGAGCCUGAUGCCCCUGGUGGGCACCGCGAUCGGCCCCAUCAUCGGCGGCUACCUCACGCAGCGCCUCAGUUGGCGCUGGACCUUCUGGCUGACGGCCAUCCUCACUGGCAUUGUAGAGUUGGCCAUGGUCCUGGUUUUUCGUGAGACGUACUUGCCCUAUAUCCAGCGUCAACGGGAGAAAAAGAGCGGUGCCGCUGCUCCAGAGGAGGCCAAGGCCCGGCGUCCCCUGUAUAUGCUGCCACUGGAAGUCUUGCGCUUCCUCUUACAACCGUUCGUCAUCCUGUUCCGGUCUCGGCCGGCAACCAUUAUAGCGCUGUACCUGUCCAUCAUCUACGCCUACCUCUUCCUGCUCGCUGCAACGCUGGCUACGGUAUUCCAGCAAAACUAUUCCUUCUCGGAGACUAAUUCCGGUCUGAUCUAUCUUGCGCAAACCACGGGCAUGUUCAUUGGAACACUCUUCUGCCGCUUCACGCUCGACCGCUUGGUUACCGGUAAGGCGAACCUACUGGAGAACAACCCAAGGUCGGAAUCGACGGCUGCGGUGGCAGUGCGGUCCGAGAGACGGCUAAUGCCGGCGCUCCCAGGCAUGCUGAUCCUACCCACCGCGUUAUUUAUGUACGGCUGGACCCUGCAGACCAAGGUCCACUGGAUGGCACCGGCUGUCGCCACCGCCCUGGCUGGCUUCUGUCUCUCCACCGCGACCAUCCCUGUCAUGAACUACCUGGUUGAUGUCUUUGGCGACAAGUCCGCCUCGGCCAUCGCAGCCGUCCUGCCGCUGCGCUACGUCCUGGGAACGUUCCUGCCUGUUGCCGCUCCCUACAUGUACGGCCGACUCGGCUACGGCUGGGCAAACUCGCUCCUAGCCUUGGUUUUGAUCUGCUGUCUACCGGUGCCUCUCUUGCUGAUCAUCCCACCGGGGAAGAAUCCAAUCUUGGUAAAGCUGGCGCGCCUUGUCGGAAACCAUCCUGCAUGA